AUGGCAGUGCACUGCGUCGAUUUUUACAACCAGAUAAACAUGCUUUAUGGCACUGUCACCGAGUUUUGUUCCCCUCAAAGUUGUCCCAGGAUGAUUGCCACCAACGAAUACGAGUAUCUUUGGAGCUUUCACAAGGGCGAAUCUCCAGUGGCGGUGUCCGCUCCCAAAUACGUUGAAUGCCUAAUGAAAUGGUGCCAGGAUCAAUUUGACGAUGAGACCAUAUUCCCGGCGAAGACUUCUGGCCAGUUUCCAACAAAGUUUAUUCAGAGAUUCGUCAUUCCGAUGCUGCGGAGGUUAUUCCGAGUUUACGCCCACAUUUACUGCCAUCAUUUCAACGAAGUGCUCGAGCUCAACUUACAGACUGUCCUGAACACCAGUUUCAGACAUUUCUGUCUGUUUUCUCAAGAGUUUGAGUUGCUAAGGCCCGCCGAUUUCGGUCCUCUUCUUGAGCUGGUCAUGGAACUACGAGAUAGGUGA